AUGCUUCAUACCUUGGAGACAAACAUCUAUUCCUGAGAAGAUAAGGUCCAAUACCCGCCCCAAACCCAAGUAUGAAUAAAAACAGCAAAAGAACAAGUUUUUCUACCAACAAAUCCAUUCUAAUACGAUUGUUUUAAUCUCUAUUAACAUUGCUAGCGGUUUAAAUGCAUUUUCUAAACGUUGGAAUCUUCCUUGUCCUCGCCUUCAUACAUCCGAGUCAGCAAUGGUUUUAUAUGCAUGGGGAUAUGCCUGAUUGUGUGCCACAAAAGACUCCACUCCACGGUCAGAAAUGGUGCAACUUCACAAGAAAAUCGAGCGAACUCGGAGCUGUGUGUCACUUCAAGUGUAAUGAAGGUUACUACUUACAAGGGGCUUCCAUCAACACAUGCGUAGCUUACCAUUCGAACAGGAUGGCUAAGUUCGACCAGAGCGGGGGAAAGUGUUUGCCCCGUCCACCAGCUUUCACUAGUAGUAUCAGCGGUCCUUUCAAGUUCAGUCCAAGAACCAACAGCACAAUCUACUUAUCUGCUGGUGAAAACUCUCGUCUCGUUGCAACACCAACCCCCACAAAUCAUGGACAAUACUUUGAAGUGCUAGGAGGGGGAAUGAUCAACAGGCCUGGUGCCGUGUCGUUUCUUUCAAGGAGGUUUUCAGGUCGCUAUGUCGUCGUACAAGGCACACGUCUAUUGAUUGUCAGUGCCCAUCACAUCAAUGGAGCGCUCGGUUCUUUUCACAACGUUUCGAGUUUCUACACAAGACAAGACAAAUUCAUUGCCGGUUUCGCCGCCUUUGAAUCUGUUAUGGAACCUGGCAAGUUCAUUACUAUAAGCGGGGACUCUGUAAGGAUGCUCACACCAACCACGCAUGAACAAAAGAUGUCGGCCAGUUUCACAUGGACGAGAUAACAAGCUUCUGGAACGAAGUGAUUGUUCGACUACGUAAUUAUUGUUACGUCACAAUUAAGAUACCGCUUUUUUCUAUGUACGUUUUUCGCUGCUACAACGUCAACUGUUCUACUUUUAAUCGUGACGUCAUAUUCUGUGACGUCAUGGUGUAUGUAGCGUCAUAUGCAACGUGACGUCAUCUAACGAUGCAUGCUUACCCGCAUUGAUGUAAUUAAUUAAAUAGAAUAUAAAUAUCCGCGCUGUGCUA